GAAUCUUUGUGGGUUAUUGACAAGUAAAAUGUAAAAGAUCAAAAAAAAGCGGGAAGUUCUUUGUUCAUGGAUAUCGGAGCCAUUGUCGCACAUUUAUCUGAUGAUACUGCUGAAAAUAUUGCUGAAAGAGUUACAAGAAAAACUGAAACCUCCCAAAUGGCUGAAAUUAGCCAGCACAUUGCAGCACUAGAACGUGAUAAAUCUAACGAACCAAAUAAUCUGUUAAAACAACGCAUUCAAGAAGCUAUUUCCCAACUGCAACGGAUUAAAUCCAAAUUACUGCAUGAUGAUGUAUUUAAACAAUUAAGACAUGCCAUAGAAGUUUUAGUGGAAGCUUUUCAACAAAGUGAAGGAGAAAGAUACCAAAUUUCAACUGAGGAAUUCAUAUUUGCAGAAAUAGUUAGAGAACAUGUUAUCAAGGAACUUGAGAAAGAAAUUGCCGUAAGAGAAAUUGCCAAAGAACAACUGGUACAAGAACGCCUUUCAGUCAUGGAUACAUGCAGAGGGUUCAUAGACAAUGCUUGGACAAACCAAACUCGUAAAUCUACAACACAAUUACUUAUGCUGAAAUACGAAGAACGGUCCCUGCUUCUCGAAGGAGGUCUCACUAUGUGUAAUCAUAAGCUGUCGGAAAGUGUGAAAGAGCAUAAAGGUGUCGAGAAUCUUCCUCGAUAUUAUUGAUAUGAAUUUAUGUCUUAAUAAACACAAAACAAUUUA